UCUUGUCUCUUCACAUCUAGAUAUUAUGCUGUUUUGGCUACAGUAUUUAAAAACACCAGUGGAUUUUAAUGCCAAAACCUUUUCGAUAAAAAACCAAGUAUAUACAGAGUGAUGUCAGAGCCAGCUUAUCUCGCCUCCCCUGCUCCUACCAACCCCCCUCUCUGUGACUACAGUGACUGGUCUCCCUCGUUUUUCAUCAUCCCAUCUGUCUACCUGCUAGCAUUUCUGGUUGGUUGUCCUGGCAACAGCCUGGUGCUUUGGGCCUACCUGGACCGAGUGAAGGGGAGGAGGAGAAGGGACCGAAAGCCAGCAGAAGAUGGCCAGUUCUGCUGCAGCAACAUUUUUAGAAGCAGUCAGCAGCACAUUAACAACACUGGCAAAUUUCAAAGUUCAAACUGUGGAUUUUCCUCCAGGCAAAGCUACAGAACAUCCUCCCAUUCCUCCACCUCAUCCUCUUGCUCUCCCUCCAUCUCCCGUCCCUCUUGCUCGCUGACUGACUCUCUGAUUGCCAGUUUAGCUUUAGCUGACCUUUGUUUCCUUGUGACUCUUCCUCUUUGGGCCGUCUACACAGCGAUGGGCUACCACUGGCCUUUUGGGCAACCUCUCUGCCAGAUUAGCAGCUUCCUCACAGCUCUGAACAUGUAUGCCAGCGUGUUCAGCCUGAGCAUGCUAAGUGUGGAGCGCUACUGGGUUCUGACUAGGCACCGGCACUCCAGCCACCAUGCACCAAGGAGCUGCCCCAGCAAGGCUUUGUGGAUACUUGGAGGGAUGUGGGUGCUGGCGGGAAUACUGGCACUUCCCGGUUUGCUGCUGCGCUCUGUCCGGGAGGUGGAGCUUGACCCUGAAUAUGAGGACGACUGGCAGCUGGAACCCGCUGAUUCCAGGUCUGUCUUCCUUUCUUGCCAGAUGGAUUACUCCAUGCUGACUGGAGCAGAGCUGGAGGAGGAAGAAAAAAACAGGACAGAGAUGUGGUGGGCUGCUGCAUUAAGUAUUAAAUCAACUCUUAUUGGCUUCCUGCUUCCUUUUGUCAUCUUAUUGGUCUGCUACUGCUCACUGGUCCAACUACUCAGCAGACAUUUCGGACGGGGCCCUCGUCCUGACCGUAGACGGCAGCGCAGACUCCUCAGGGUCAUUGUCACGUUAGUGAUGGCAUUCUUCCUGUGCUGGCUGCCUCUCCAUGUCAAUAAAACUGUGUCCCUGCUGCUUGAGUUUGGAUUUGUCCCAUACUCCUGCUCUUUAGAUCAGAUAUUAUUGGCUGCUCAUCCAUAUGUCACCUGUUUAGCCUACCUCAACUCCUGCCUGAACCCUCUCCUCUACGCUGCCUGUGACCCAUCAUUUAGGAAGAGAUGCAAAGGAGCUUUCCUCGUGUUGUGCAGGAUGAAAAGAAAAGGAGCAAAGGGAAAGGAAGAGCACGAAGCUGAAGGAGUUGAAGAGAAAGGGGAGCAGAGCUCAGCUUUUCCCAUGAGGACACAGGAAGAAACAGCAGACAGGACAGAGGAGGAACAGGAGGGGGGAGUUAGGGAGAUGGGUGUUGCCACACCUGAAGAACUCAAGAAGUCAAGAUAUCAGGGUGCAAUGUUUUCUGACAAUUAAGUAACACUAACCCUAUGUAAUGAACAGUGAAAAUAA